AUCUGCCCAGUCGCUGGAUGGUGAACAGACAGUCAAGUAAGCACGACGGCAAGGAAAGGAGCGCGAGUCAAGGAAGGGAAGGAGAGGAGGAAGGAGGAGAGGAGCACUUAAUUGGAUCUGGCAGGCCAGAUUCGUGCAUUCGUAUGCCGGUGGGUGUUGUUCUUCUAGUGGCGAGGCGGGCCUGUGAGUUGUCGCCAGUAAGAAGGCAGAUCCUCUUCCUCGCCAUCCCGUUUCUUGUCGGUGAGAUCUGACGAUGUCUGACUCUGAGGUGCACCAGCAGCCCAGCCGUUCCCCCUUCUCACGCGGCAGAGCACCAGCCUUUGCCCUCUCGGCCACCAAAGAGUUGGCGUACGGCAUCCACCAUGGCGCCCUCUCACAUGACACAGCAGCCCAGCUGCUGACGCAAGAGAAGGCCGACCCCAACAGGCAGUACUACAACAGGCGCAAUAUUUGUUGGGCUUCCUUGCUGCAUCUGGCCGCGGAGAAGUGCGUCGGAGAGGAUGGUGGCGCGGGAGCAGACAUGGACGGCACCAGCAGCCUUGGGCGGCUUUACAUGGGCGCCACCCUGGGGCGCCACACCACUGGACUUGGUGCGAAACCGCCUGCAUCGUGCAGACCCGCACUCAGCUGUCCGCCCCUCACCAUGAUCGAGACCCUCCUCAGGCACGGCGCAAAGUGCGGCUACAGUGAUGCGCUUGCGUCAUGGAAGAGGUCUCGGCCAUGGAGUGCCUGGAGGUCAUCACUCGCCUGACCACUGCCGCAGCAGCGGCACCCACACCACCCAACCUCUAUGAAUACUUCACUCUCAGCAAGGCAUGUGGGCGCCGAUUCCAAGAGGACGAGGACAAGCAAUCGGAUGAGCAACAGCGGCAGCACCGACCCCCACGAGGACGGGGACGAGGAGAAGCUGAUAGCGGGG